AAAGCCCAUGUUCGCACAUGAUUGAAGAUAGUGCUCUUGCAAUGAUUGCCGCUGAUUUCAUAGCUCAUAUAAAACUUACACUCUCAGCAAUAAAAGUCUCGGCUGUACAAACUACCGGAGAAUCAACAGAUAUAGACAUAGUUGCGUACGAUAACAGAUAUACUCUCGUAGCGCAAUACCACACGGUGGGAUACUACACAGUUGAAGAACCGAUGAACAAACCACAAUUAGUCGGUCACAUAUGGUCACGUCAGAAAGAGUAUGCAAACCAAUACAUUGAAGGGUAUAUGAGAAGAGUUAUCACCCAAUACAAUCAGUAGCAACUAUUUUUGAGCCCUUGUGCUGUGACUUCGAU